AUGGUUAACGUUCCAAAGACCAGAAGGACCUAUUGUAAAGGUAAAGAAUGCCGUAGUCACCAACAGCACAAGGUUACCCAAUACAAAGCUGGUAAGGCUUCCUUGUUUGCUCAAGGUAAGAGACGUUAUGACCGUAAACAAUCCGGUUUCGGUGGUCAAACCAAGCAAAUUUUCCACAAAAAGGCAAAGACUACCAAGAAAGUUGUCUUGAGAUUGGAAUGUGUUAAAUGUAAGACCAAGUCUCAACUAUCCUUGAAGAGAUGUAAGCACUUUGAAUUGGGUGGUGAAAGAAAACAAAAGGGUCAAGCUCUACAAUUUUAA